UGCUCUUCUGUCCAGGGAAGUGCUUCAGCUGCCGGCGGCCUCUCCCCAGACACAUCCAGUGUGUACUCGCGCGUGCGUCCGACCCCUGACCCCGGCUACAACACCAGCUAUCCCACGGCUCCUCUAUAAAAGCAACGGGUUUACCCAACAGUAACAACGAAAAACAAUCUAGCCUGCAGCUCUCACAUCCUUGUGAUCCCACAAUGAUACUUGGUGUCCUGGCUGUGUGGGGAAUAUGCCUGUUUCAAGGCACCCUGCAGAUGAACUACCAGCAGGCCAUGCGACUUUCCCGCAUCACCAACAUCACAGAGCUGUUUCGGGCAGUCGACAUGAAAAUGAAUGGGCGUAGAGUCGAAAUAGAGGAAGUUUUGCCAAACUUAGGAAGUUCGGAUGGUCGGGUGUACGUAACUGCUGGAGCAGCAGAGUUCGCCUUCCCUGACGAAUGUUCCCCACGUCUCAUGACCGUGGAGAUCCCCAGGGACAUGACCCAUGACGUCAACGUCAUGACGUGGCCGACAUGUACACGUGUUAUGCGCUGUGGAGGUUGCUGUGCCAACAGCAUGUUGCAGUGUGCGCCCCGUUCUUCUAGGCCGAAACGAAUCACGGUGUUGAAGACACUGUUGUUCGAGUCCAACCUGCCCGAUCUUCUCAUGGAGUGGGACGGCACACACGAGGUCACAGUCGAGGAACACCUGGAAUGUGUCGUCACCUGCCGGCUCACCGCCAACGACUGUAACAAGAGACAGCGAUUCGAUUCUUUCGAAUGCUCCUGCACGUGCAGACGACACCUUACCUGCUACCCCUACCAACGAUGGGACAUAGAGACGUGCACGUGUGUGUGCAUUGAACCGGAACAGGAGUGUGAGGACGGCUUAACCUACAGCCCACGUACAUGCAGCUGCAUCAUCAACAGAGACCAACAAUAUUCUAAUCUUGAAACGGAUGAUGAAAGUUCGGAAAAUGUAAGCCAAGUUAACACAACUCUACAAACCACAGUGACGAGCGCAACAUCAACAACAGCAGCACCAACAACAACUACGAUGGCUCCGACGACGGUGGAUCCUUGCGCCAGUCAGUUCUGUCCGCCAGGAUUCCUGCGAAACCCCAAUGGGAACGGUGGAUGUGUAUGCACACCAAACUUCAGUUUCGGGGGGAAAUAGUCGCGGAUCAAUUUUGUCACACGCCUCCUUUCCUUAAAAACAAACGGUAAAAACGACAGAUAUUGUACCAACAAUUGGUUAAACGGCCCUAUAAAAUAUUUAACCAAUGACACUGUGUUGCGAUGACGUAUAUUUGUGUCGGAUGUUUUUAGUCGUUUCAUUAUCAUAUGCUAGUAAUACUAGCGACAAUACGUUAAGCUACAUUCAUAAAUCAAACAAGCUGAGGCUGUAUAGAACAUCUCCUAGGUCCGGGCCCACAGCGCUAUGACUGUUGCCAACACAUGUUUCAAGAAGUAGAAAUGUCUCAAUAGCGUAGUGCUUUGGGCAAGGAGGUCCAGCUAUACACACACACACAUGCACAUUGUACGAUUGUCUUACUGACAUACACACCAUUGUAUAGCUCAAAUUAAAAAAAAAGCAACACAGUAAACAUCUUGCAAGGUUACAAGAUACUUAUGUUUAAAGCGGAUAUAUAUAUGUUUACGAUCUAGUUAGUCGGUGAGAGGUUGCGCACGUGUACACACUUAUGUGAUAACAUGUAAAUGCGAGCCUUAACAUCGGAACUUCCAAACUGAAUAUACCACUUUACAACGACAAAUUCGUCUGAAAAUAACAAACAUAAGCAUUAAGUUUAUAUUUUUAAACCAAAGGAGGUACUAAGCAGGCCAACCAACUCUGGCUGUUCUAAACAAUGGGUAGACAUCGAGCGGAGAGACCCGAAAGUAUACCAAGGCCAUUACACGUGAUUUUUGUAAUAUUUUGUAAACGGGUCAACGUUCUAAUAUUUUGUUUUUAUUCAAAAUUCAAAGGCAGUUGGUGUUCUCCAUGUUUAGUUCUGAUAAGUGUUAUUGCGAUCCUGAUUGUAUAAUGCGUUCACGAUUGUAUAAUACGAUCCUGAAUGUAUAAUGCGUUCAUGAUUGUAUAAUGCGUUCAUGAUUGUAUAAUACGAUCCUGAAUGUAUAAUGCGUUCAUGAUUGUAUAAUGCGAUCCUGAUUGUAUAAUGCGUUCAUGAUUGUAUAAUGCGUUCAUGAUUGCAUAAUGCGUUCAUGAUUGCAUAAUGCGAUCCUGAUCGUAUAAUGCGUUCAUGAUCGUAUAAUGCGAUCCUGAUCGUAUAAUGCGUUCAUGAUUGUAUAAUGCGAUCCUGAUUGUAUUAUGCGUUCAUGAUUGUAUAAUACGAUCCUGAUUGUAUAAUGCGUUCAUGAUUGUAUAAUGCGUUCGUGAUUGUAUAAUGCGAUCCUGAUUGUAUAAUGCAUGAUUGUAUAAUGCGUUCAUGAUUGUAUAAUGCGUAUUUUCUACUGUUAUCUAAGACCGGCAAAAACAUGGACCAGUAAGUGCCACAUAGUGCUGACAACCUAGCGACAAAUUUCCCUGAAACGCACUUCUAUCGUUAAUGUAACCUUGUUUACGUUUGACAAUACUGUUGUGGCAUUGUUACUUUAUAUUAAAUUAUCGUGUAUUUCAUAUUCUCUUUUUCUUCUGAAUGUGUAUGCAUUGGUGUAUUUAAGCAUGUAAUAAACAUGAAUGAACCUUA